GUGCGGGGGUGGGUCUCCCCUGACAACCGUGCGGGGAAGAUGGCGGCCGGGAUGUACCUGGAGCAUUACCUGGACAGCAUCGAGAACCUCCCCUUUGAACUCCAGAGGAACUUCCAGCUCAUGAGGGAUCUGGAUCAGAGGACCGAAGACCUGAAGGUGGAGAUCGACAAGUUGGCGGGGGAGUACGUCUCCCAUGCUCGCACGCUGGGCGCCGAGCAGAAGCUCCAGCUGGUCCGUCAGAUCCAGAGCGCCUACAGCAAGUGCAAGGAGUUUGGCGAUGACAAGGUCCAGCUGGCCAUGCAGACCUACGAGAUGGUGGACAAGCACAUCCGCCGGCUGGACACCGACCUGGCCCGCUUCGAGGCCGACCUCAAGGAGAAGCAGAUUGAGUCCAGCGACUGUGACAGCUGUUCCAGCAAGGGCAAGAAAAAAGGCCGCAUUCAAAAGGAGAAGAAAACGGCUCGGACCAGGUCGAAGGUGAAAACCUCGGACGACGACGUCCCCAAGAAUGGCCAGAAAAAGAUGAAGACGUCUCACACUGUGGAGUACGUGGCCCCCUCCGUCACAUUCGGGAACGUGCACCCCUCGGACGUCCUCGACAUGCCCGUCGACCCCAACGAGCCGACCUACUGUCUGUGUCACCAGGUCUCGUACGGAGAGAUGAUCGGCUGUGACAAUCCCGAUUGCUCCAUUGAAUGGUUUCACUUUGCCUGUGUGGGACUCACCACAAAACCCCGAGGAAAAUGGUACUGUCCCCGCUGCCUUCAGGAUCGGAAGAGGAAGUAACCGGGAGGCCCCAGGAUGGAUCGGAGGCAUGACGGUUUCCUGUCACCCCAGCGGCCCCGGGACACAGCCCCGGGGGAGUGUGGGGGGUGUGGGGGAGAGAGAGCAGCUACCAGUUCGGACCCGGCCUCACCUCCCCAUCGCUCCCCCCCCCCUUUCACACAUGUCCCCGGGCCGUUACGGUGGGUGAUGGGGAGGGGGUGUUUAAUCAG